CCAGUCCCUUGGCGAUGGGUCUUGUAUGUGACACUCUUGCCCUCUAGUGCCUCGCCAGCUUGGUAGCAGUUGGAUGGCUAAUAUUAAUAAGGUGUUACAUAACAUGGGAGUGCUGGGCCAGGACUGGUGCUGCUGCCACUUGUGAAGCCAAAAAGCCUGAGUCGAUGGUAGUGGAUACUGCAGUUUCAGGUUCCUUACUAUUUAAACUUUCUCAGGCGUUUUCAGCUCUUUGAACUUUAAUUCCAGACUGCAUUUUCUGUGAAUCCCGAUCAAGUGAUACGAAUGUGUUGCAAUGGUGACAUAAAGUCUUGACUAAGACUGGGAAAGAAGCUGAAACACCAUCUUUUCUCUUGUUCUUUUCUUUAUUUCUUCUUUUGGUUUUUUAUGGUGCUUCGAUUGGGAACAUUCCAAGACAAGUAAUACAACAUGAGUUUUAUCAUGAAGCUUCACAGACAUUUUCAAAGGACGGUUAUUUUGCUUGCCACUUUUUGUAUGGUGAGCAUUAUUGUUUCUGCUUACUACUUGUAUAGUGGCUACAAACAGGACAGUGAACUCUCUGAGAUGUCUUCAGAAGUAGACUGUGGGACCCUGCAACACCUACCAUACAGGCUGAUGGAAGUGAAGACCAUAAAACCUUUUGAUGCCUCAAGGACAGACCCCAUAGUGCUGGUAUUUGUGGAGAGCCAGUAUUCCUCCCUUGGCCAAGACAUUAUUAUGGUUCUGGAAUCAAGCAGAUUCCAGUAUCACAUUGAAAUUGCUCCUGGAAAAGGGGAUCUCCCAGCACUUACAGACAAAACUAAAGGCAAAUAUGUUCUCAUUAUUUAUGAGAAUAUUUUAAAGUAUUUACAUAUGGACUCUUGGAAUAGAAGCCUUUUAGAUAAAUACUGUGUUGAAUAUGGUGUGGGUGUUAUAGGAUUCCAUAAAACCAGUGAGAAGAGCCUUCAGAACCUUCAGUUAAAAGGAUUUCCUGUUUCUGUAUAUGGAAACCUUGCCGUAAAAGAUUGCUGCAUUAAUUCUCAUUCUCCACUGCUUCAUGUAACCAAAUCUUCGAAGCUUGAAAAAGGUCCUUUGCCUGGAACGGACUGGACAGUCUUUCAGAUCAAUCACUCAGCCUACCAACCAGUAAUAUUCGCCAAAGUAAAAACUCCAGAGAACCUUUCUCCUCCUAUUUCUAAAGGUGCUUUUUAUGCCACUGUUAUACAUGACCUGGGUCUCCAUGAUGGAAUUCAAAGAGUACUUUUUGGCAACAACUUGAACUUUUGGCUUCACAAGCUCAUCUUCAUAGAUGCCAUUUCCUUCCUGUCAGGAAAGAGGCUGACAUUGUCCUUAGACAGGUAUAUUCUUGUGGACAUUGAUGAUAUCUUUGUUGGAAAAGAGGGAACAAGAAUGAACACCAAUGAUGUUAAGGCCCUCCUUGAUACACAAAAUCUAUUGCGAGCGCAGAUCACAAAUUUCACUUUCAACCUGGGAUUUUCAGGAAAGUUUUAUCAUACAGGAACUGAAGAUGAAGAUGAAGGAGAUGACUGUCUAUUGGGGUCUGUUGAUGAGUUCUGGUGGUUUCCUCAUAUGUGGAGCCAUAUGCAGCCCCACCUUUUCCAUAAUGAGUCAUCAUUGGUGGAACAGAUGAUUCUCAAUAAAAAAUUUGCCUUGGAGCAUGGUAUUCCCACCGACAUGGGUUAUGCAGUGGCCCCACACCAUUCCGGUGUUUACCCUGUACACGUUCAGCUGUAUGAGGCCUGGAAGAAGGUUUGGAAUAUUAAAAUCACCAGCACUGAAGAGUACCCACAUCUGAAACCAGCUCGAUACCGCAAGGGCUUCAUCCACAAAAACAUCAUGGUUCUCCCAAGACAAACCUGUGGGCUUUUCACUCACACAAUUUUCUACAAAGAAUAUCCAGGAGGUCCUAAAGAACUGGACAAGAGUAUCCAAGGAGGUGAACUUUUCUUCACUGUGGUCCUCAACCCAAUCAGCAUUUUCAUGACUCAUUUGUCCAACUAUGGAAAUGAUCGGCUUGGCUUGUACACAUUUGUUAACCUGGCCAAUUUCGUCCAGAGCUGGACUAAUCUGCGUCUUCAGACUCUGCCUCCGCUGGAACUGGCUCAAAAGUAUUUUGAGCUCUUCCCUGAGCAGAAAGACCCUCUCUGGCAGAAUCCUUGUGAUGACAAACGCCACAGAGAUAUUUGGUCUAAAGAAAAAACCUGUGAUCGCUUACCAAAAUUCUUGGUAAUAGGACCCCAGAAAACUGGUACCACAGCUUUGUAUUUGUUCCUGGUUAUGCAUCCUUCCAUCCUUAGUAACUCCCCCAGCCCAAAAACCUUUGAGGAGGUACAGUUCUUUAAUAGAAAUAACUACCACAGGGGGAUUGAUUGGUAUAUGGAUUUCUUCCCAGUCCCAUCUAAUGUCACCACUGACUUUCUGUUUGAGAAGAGUGCCAAUUACUUCCACUCAGAGGAAGCUCCUAAAAGAGCUGCUUCUCUCGUGCCCAAGGCCAAAAUCAUCACCAUCCUCAUUGAUCCAUCAGACCGCGCAUACUCAUGGUACCAGCAUCAGCGAUCGCAUGAAGACCCCGCAGCUCUGAAGUUUAGCUUCUACGAAGUGAUCUCAGCCGGUCCCCAUGCACCCUCCGAGCUUAGAGCCUUGCAGAAGAGAUGUUUGGUCCCUGGGUGGUAUGCCAGCCACAUCGAGCGAUGGCUUGUUUAUUUCCCUCCCUUUCAGUUGUUAAUUAUCGACGGGCAACAGCUGAGAACCGAUCCAGCUACAGUGAUGGAUGAAGUACAGAAGUUUUUGGGAGUGUCGCCUCAUUAUAAUUAUUCUGAAGCUUUAACGUUUGAUUCUCAUAAAGGUUUCUGGUGUCAGUUACUAGAAGAAGGUAAAACAAAAUGCCUUGGGAAGAGUAAAGGAAGAAAAUAUCCCCCAAUGGAUUCUGAUAGCAGAGCAUUUCUCUCAAGCUAUUACCGGGAUCGCAACGUGGAACUCUCAAAGCUGCUGCACAAGCUGGGGCAGCCUCUGCCAUCCUGGCUGAGACAAGAGCUGCAGAAAGUGAGAUAGCACUGAGCAAAAAUGCCUUGAGGAUUCACUUUCCAUGGGACAUCCCCCUUUUCCAAAGCUUCUAGAAGCUACCAAAAGGCUGUUGAAAAAUAUACCUCUUUAAGUGAGAACAAAAGGAACAAAGUUCCUUCCAUGUGCUGGCAUAUGGAUG